GGUCGUGGAGUGGGGUUGAUGGGAGGAUGAAGACUGAACUCAACACAUUACCCUCUGUACUUGGACUGAAGACUACAGAGCACAUCACCCAUCCUGCCUCUGAGCUACAGUGGGAAUGCCCCUCUCCGUCUGAUGAGUGGUCAGGAUUAAACGGUAUUGCAGCAGCGGACCCCAGCUCAGACUGGAACGCCCCGACAGAGCCGUGGGGGAACUAUGAGGGACCCCCGGUGGGAGAGGCCCCCGGCCCCCCACCCCAGGACCCUGUACCCAACCACCCCCAGGGGGAACAGGGGUCAGACGAUGACAAGGAGGAUGACUCUGCCGGGGGGGCUGCCAGGCCCAAGAAGAAGAAGAAGAAGAAGAAGAAGAGGGCUGAGGAAGGUGGUGGUACAGGACAGGUGACCUCUGACAGCAUGACAGUUAAACCGGUGGAGAGUCCAGCACUUCCCCCAGCAGGGACCAAACAGKCCCAGCCGUCCUCACAGAAAAUAUCCGACCCGAGCUUCGAUGCUCCCAAGCCGUCCCAGAAGAAGAAGGUCCGGAAAGAGACAGGAAGUUAAGAAACAA